GGCCAGGCAGCAUCUCUGGGCGACAUGGAUAAGGUGACGUUUCGGGUCGGGACCCUUCCUCAGUCAGUACUGUUCUGUGUCCAAUGAAAGUGACUGCACACCACCCCCUGGGUAUUAUAAUAUAACUACAACGAGCCGCGGACCGGGAAGAGGCGCCGAUCCUCCGCCAGUGGCGAAUGUGGAGGGAGAUUGUAUCUAGGCGAUCUCUGAGGAGAAGGCUCGGCACUCACCUCCCUCCCUCCACCCUCGGCCCUCACCUCCAGCUCCCCCCCGGAACCAGUGCGGGGCGGAGCCUUCUAUGGUUCCCCGAGAUUUGGUACUGCUGGCGCGGAAAGUACAACAGUCUCACUUUCACUUCUGCGACUAAGGAGGAAGCGAUGCGUUUUUCUGCUCGAUCCGGCCUUCGAGGCAGCGUGCCCGGCGUGAGGAUGGUGUCCCGCUCCCUCUUGGUCUUCUUGUUGCUGUUAUCGGCGGUCGCUGUCUCCGGAGGCAUGGGGGAGCCGGUGGCCGUGUUAGUGCAUGUCCGGGACAGGGUGACCAGUACUGUCGGAAGCUCCGUGGUAUUGCCCUGCAAUUUCAAAUCCGACUACUCCGACUACACGACCAUGGACAUUACUGUCAUCUGGAAGGUGAAGGUGUUUUACACCGGCUCGGUUUUGUUCAACGUGACCAACAGGAGCAAUGGCGGCAAGGACUUCGUGGACGAAGUUCACACAAAUGUCAAUGGCCGCUACAAACUGGCCGGGGACCCGAGGCAGAGGGUCGCCUCGCUGGAGGUGGAGAAUGUUACACUGGGUGACAGCGAUCAAUACUUCUGCCGCGUCGAAAUCAAACGCCAGGGAUUACGCGCGUUCAUGCACGAGUCCAACCCUGGAGUCACCCUGGAAAUUAUAGGCUCACCCAUCAUCCUCCGGGUAUCUGUUAAAGCCAUUAAUACCACGCAGCCUAUUGUGCAGUGCCUGGCAGAGGGACAACCCUUCCCGAAAAUCAUAUGGAUUGAUCCCCAAAAUAACAAGCUUCCUGCGAACAGCAGCGACACCUCAGUAACGUCGGGGCCGGGGAAGUAUCAGAUCUUGGGAGAACUGCGUAACCCAAAGUUUGGGGGGACCUACACAUGUGUGGUGGUCAGUGACCAAGGAAACAGCAGCCGAUCUAUCUAUCUGCCCAGCAAGGGGCAAGUCCGGCAUCUGCUGCUUUACAUCAUUGGGAUCCUAGUUGGAAGUGUCAUUCUGGUUAUCCUGGUUGUUAUUCUCUUACUGAUGCAGAGGAGAAAGAGAGGAAAGGCAGAGUUUAACCCAACCAGCAAAAGGGCCCAGCGCAGUUCGCAGCAGUAUUCAACAGUUAGCUUGUGCCAGCAGCAGCAAAUACCAUCAGUGGUGCCCUGCGCGUCAGUGCAGGACACUGAGGGCAGCGAUAAAGUACCAGAGGCUGGCACCGUGAGUUAACACAGCAGCAGAGAAACACAGCUCGGAACCCACUUCAUCGGACAGACUCACUUUCAGAACAAACGGUCUUGUGUGAGUCUGAGUGUGUGUGUGUGUGUGUGGGGCCACUGAGUGUUUGAGUGAUGAGCGUACGGGCGAGAGGUUGUGAUUGUGUGAAUACAACUGAGUGUGUGUCUGUAUGUCACUGUGUGUAUGUGUUAGUGUGUCUAAAUGUGUGUGUAGGUGAGGAGUGUGUUUGUGCGGAGUGUGUGUUUUUACCAGCAUUUGCGUCAGUAUGCGUGAGAGAUGGCAAAGAGGGAGAGAGAGAGAGAGAGAGAGAGAGAGAGAGAGAGAGAGAGAGAGUGAGAGAGUGAAAAUAUUCCAAGGAGUGUGUUUUACCAGUGCAUGUGUAUGUGUAGCAACAAGGAACUGCUGAUGCCAGUUUACCAAGGAAAGACACAAAGUGCUGGAGUAACUCAGCAGGCCAGGAAGCAUCUGUGGAGAAUAUGGACGGGUGACGUGUGUCUGAGUGAGAGAGUCAUUGUGCUUACUGACAAACACCAUGUACAGUGUGUGUCAAUGUGUAUGUCUGUGUAUCUGUCAGUGAAAGUGUUUACUGUGUCAGACUGUGUUAGUCUGUCUGUGCGCAAGUAAGUGUGUGCGUGCCAGUGAGUGUUUACGUGUGUGAAUGCUGGUGUGUGUAAGUUUGAGUGUGUGGAAAUGCAGUGAGUGCCCGGGAUGAAUUGCUGCCUUUAAAGAUUCCGCCGAUGUGUCCAGCACACAGGGAGGCUUGGAGCGACAACGCAUGCUCCCGUGUGCUCCGCUCCCCGCUUCAGCCGCCUGCUCUCAGUGUCGCAUGGACAAGGAAGCACCAAUCUGCAGCGCCGAAAGUCAACGGGAUCAGCAGCCCCUGGUCCCGGUGGGAAGACGCCGGCGAGCCUUCAGACUGUGGGGUCGUGCCCCCUUGUGCAGCGGGGCAGGACUGGAGGUCAUGAAGGGCUGUUCUAAUCUAUCAUGUUCUAUGUUUUAAUCUAAUCAGCCGCUCUAAUCUAUCAACAUAUGACAGUCCCGGCAUCCUGGGAAUUAACCUUGUGAACUCCCUCAAUAGCAAGAAUAGGGCUCAGGGCUUCAGUUCUGAAGAUAAUAGACUGGGCUGCAGGCAGUCAAUGGUUCAUUAUACCAUCACAUGGUGUCAAGGUGCAGUGACAUUCUUUUUUUUUGCAUAUAGAUUAGUAACCAUAUACCCACACAUAAGUAAAAUCCCCGAUUACUCACAUAAUGCAUGGAAUCAGCCCACAUAGCCCGUAUGCAAGAGUUGCCAGGUUUUGGCGCUACUUUCAAAGUCCCAGCUGCAGCUGGCCAUAAAGGCCUCCAUCCAGCUAGUCCAGCAAACCGUCGCCCCUCUCCUCGCCCAGCCAUCUUUAGCCUUUAUGGCCCAAGGGGGCAUCUCCCGCAGUCGACCUUAUGGGCGCGGAAGGUAAGAUCCCCCCUCCCCCAGUUCUCUUACUGGCCCUUUUUCCAGCAUCCGCCACGUCGCCGUCCUUCCACCCACCUCUACGCUUCCCUGUCUUCGGGGGCGAACGGGAGAUGAGCCUUCCACUCUAGGCUGGGUUUCACGAUCCCGCGGCAGGCGAACCAGGCCCCGCGGCCUGCUAGGGUACGGCAGCAGAACCAUCAAAGCAGCCUUCCAAAGACAUGGGAGUUAGCAGGUUAAUCAGCAUCUGUAAAUUGUCCCUCGUGAACAGGGUGAUCGCUGGUCAGUGCUGACUCGGUGGGCCGAAGGGCCUGUUUUCACACUGUAUUUCUAAACUAAACGUAACCACUACAUGGGUAUCAACGCAGGGCUACACAGGGACCCAAUCGCCAUGUGAUGGCAUCGACAGAGCUAGGUUUGGGGGGGAUGAGUUGAGAUGCAGGUUCACCAUGGUCUGGUCACUCCAACAGCCCAGAUUCCCCCAGCCUCGGUGGACAUUCCCGCCAGUCGCUGGAUGCUUUGCAACCACCAGUGGAACUGGUGCUUUGGGAUUCAUAUUAAAGGCCCUGUCCCACUUAAGUGAAAUUGGCAAGCAAAUUACACGUUGAGGCACACGGGCAACGUAUGGCUGCGCGGGGCCAGUCCCACUGAGAAGCGCAGAGUGGUAUGGAGUUGUGCGCGGUAUCGCGAGGCGCUCCGAAAUUUUGUGGCAAACAAAAUCUUCGCACGCCACCGGCCUGAUGUGUAACUAACGGCCAAAGUGGGACAGGCCCAAGACCCUGGGGGGAUGCAACGUCUCACCUCCAACAGCAGCAGAAGCAGGCAAACGAUCAUCGAACUCAGCCUGCGGCUCACGGCCGUUGCAGAUCCGGAUCCGCCCCCACUACUACUCCCAGAGCAGGGCCAAGAAAAUUGAAGAUAGACACAAAAUGCAGGAGUAACUCAGCAGGACCGGCAGCAUCUCUGGAGAGAAGGAAUGGGUGACGUUUCGGGUCAGACUGAAGAAGAGUUUCGACACGAAACAUCACCCAUUGCUUUUCUCCAGAGAUGCUGCCGGUCCCGCUGAGUUACUCCUGCAUUAUGUGUCCAUCUUCAACUGACGUCAUGCGCUCCAGACGGCUGUGUGGGCGCAUGAAGUCGCGCGGGGCUGUCACGCCUCAACGCGACCACAAGGUCAUGUAAUUAGCAUGCCAAGGACACGUAAGUGGGACGGGAUUAAGACAUGGGAGUUGGCCAGUCGGCCUCUCAAGCCUGGAUCACCAGUAAAUAAACUCAGCGAUGAUCCAAUAUUGGAGUCAACUCCACUGUUACACCCUCUACCCAUAAACGUUACCUCUCUUGGGUUCUGUCAGUCUGUGGUGAAAAUAGAGUCAUAGAGGAGUACAGCAUGGGAAUAGAUCCUUGGGACAACCUCGUCCAUGCCAAACUAGUUGGCUUACUGAGCUGCUCACAUUUGUCUGCAUUUGACACAUGGCCCUCCAAAUCCUUCUUACCCAUGUAUCUAUCCAAAUGUCUUUCGGCAGUCAUAACUGUAUCAGCUACGAUAUUGAAAGAUAUUGAAUUAAAUUAUUUCCAGCAACCUUUCUUUAAUGUUUCUGUUGAAUGGCAUUUAAGUAUUCUGAAGAAGAGUCUUGACCCAAAACGCCUAUUUCCUUCGCUCCAUAGAUGCUGCCUCACCCGCUGAGUUUUUUAUCUACCUUCAUGUAUUCCAACUGUUGCUUUACUCCAGUAAGUCAGCAUUGAGGAUAAAAAUCAGAGCGAUUUUCAGCUUUUCACAAAAGACUUCCCAAGCAAUGCACAAUAUGGAAUCUCUGUUUAGAGGCCUAUCCUUUGUGCAGAAUCGAAAUUCAUAUUUCAUAUGAAAUCCAAAUUUCAUAGCGAGAGGAUUUGAAUAUAGCAGCAAGGAGGUCCUUCUGUAGUUGUACAGGGCCCUGGUGAGACCGCACCUGGAGUAUUGUGUGCAGUUUUGAUCUCCUAGUUUGAGGAAGGACAUUCUUGCUAUUGAGGGAGUGCAGCAAAGGUUCACCAGGUUAAUUCACGGGACGGCGGGACUGGCAUAUGAUGAAAGAAUGGAUCGAUUGGGCUUAUAUUCACUGGAAUUUAGAAGCAUGAGAGGGGAUCUUAUAGAAACAUAAAAUUCUUAAAGGAUUGGACAUGCUAGAUGCAGGAAAAUAAAACCCCGAUGUUGGGGGAGUCCAGAACCAGGGGUCACAGUUUAAGAAUAAGGGGUUGGCCAUUUAGGAUUGAGAUGGGGAAAAUCUUUUUCAUCCAGACCAUUGUGAAUCUGUGGAAUUCUCUGCCACAGAAGGCAGUGGAGGCAAAUUCAUUAGAUGUGUUCAAGAGAGAGUUGGAUAUAGCUCUUUGGGCUAACGGAAUCAAGGGAUAUGGGGGGAAAGCAGGAACAGGGUACUGAUACUGGAUGAUCAGCCAUGGUCAUAUUGAAUGGUGGUACUGGCUCAAAGGGCCGAAUGGCCUACUCCUGCACCUAUUUUCUGUUUUUGUUUCCUGUCCUGUGAUUCACAGUGGAUGAUUUAUCCACUACAGUGUAAUGCACAGUUGCACUUUAAACUCGUUGCACUCACUGCCCACUUUACUGAGUGAAUGCAUUGCUGCCGGGAAUGGGUCAUGCCAGAGUAUCGUUGUUAUGUCAACAAUCAUCGGUUAACAUAAAUAAAGAAUGCUAUUGGUUCACACUGUGUAAAACAUUAACCGAUAUGUAAAGGCGAGUUAGUACUAAAAGACACGUGAAGAGAAGGAAAUUACACUUUUUUUUGAGGAAUCAGCACACUAUGGAUGCUGGUUUACUAAAAGAACACAGUGCUGGAGUAA